UUAAACUUCAGUGUAGCCUCGAACGCAGUUAGUUAAGCUCUCGAUUCCUUCGGUUUACUUACGGAAAGCCCGACAGUGUUAGACAUUUUACUUGUGAAAACGGGAUUAUCAGUAUCCGAAAGAGUGACAAAUGGUGAUAGGUUGCUCAUUUUCUUUUCGGUGAAAAUUUUUAUCAAAUGUGUUGUGGAGUUCAAUCAAUUCUGCUAAAAAGUCGAUGGAUGACGAAAAUGUUGUUGAAAUGUAACAAAAUGUAAAAUAGUCACUGAAAAAUAGUGAAUUUUUCGGUCGAAAAUCAUCAGAAAAUUUUCUUGUUUACAAUUUAUGACAUUAGUGGAAACAUUUGCUGACGUGUGGGUGUCAGCGGCAGAUAAUAGAGAACAAGCGUGUUAGUGAGAAGUAACUGUAUUUCAACAGUACAAGUGUAAUGUAAUAACUAGAAAUCUGGUCAACUGGCAAUUGUCUAUAAACAGAAUCUGUUCUGUUGACAAGUUUAACGGUUCCAACAAGUGCAAUUGUUUGAUUCAUGGAGAAACAAAAUGCCGCCAUGUUGGAUGUCUUGUUGUUGAUGUAAACUGCGGUAAAUUAUAAUAGUUUCGAGUGCAUUAGGCGUUCUUUUGGUUUGAAAUACUUUUAUCAAUGGGAAAAUGGUAAUGAUCAAACGCAAGCACCAUCAUCGACGGGCUACCAGAAUGCUGAAGUGAUAGAAGUGGAGGUAGAAUUAAUAAACAUGUGUUUGUUACCAACGUAAACACGCACUACAUAUACACAGAUCGGUGAAGAAAUAUUUUUAAAAUGUAGACAGGCAGCGGUUUCUGGACAUCAACUAACACUGCUGUUUGAUCAAAGAAGAAAAUAGUUUUUGCUGAAAUUAUCUACGCCAUAGCUGUGUUGAACAUAUCCGUGAAGUUUUAUUUGCAAAUCAUCGAGAAGAAAAAUGCAUUUCUCGGCACUUGUUUGAAUAGUGAAUAAAUAUAAUCUCUGCGCCUACUGUUUCGACUUGAAUCACGGGUAAAACGUAACAAUAAUAUGGAGACCUUAACGGAGAGCAGCAUUGCUCCGGAUCUGCGUACCGAGCCGCUCAUCCCAACAUCUCCAGACGAGGAUCGCAUCGUAGAUGAUCUUCACAAUAAUAAUAACGACGAUGAAGAAAUGAUAAACCCAAGCAAUCUACUCGAGGAUCAAUCCCAGUCGUCCCAGGACAGCAGUAAUCUGGCGCCUCCUGCACCGCGACGACGUGCUCAUGCCGAAGAAACAGUUGAAAACAUUGUCAAAGAGCUACGUAGUAGUGGCUCCGACAACAGUUGUCACGAUACAACCGAUUCGCAGCCGGAGCCCGAUGUUACGGAAAACACGGACUCCAGCAGUAUACCAGCGCCAGACGAACCGGACGUUAGUAUUUCCCCCUCGAUCGAAUUACCCCCGGAGGAGGCUGCAGCAAUUGCUGCUGCACCUACACCCAAAAUACACAUCGCGCCCAUAACGAAUGGCAGUUUGCUGCCGAAAUCUACCGGCAAACCGACCACCAUGCGCGAUCUAGAUCGCAAGAUGAACAAAUCACGCGGUCGGCCAAAGCGACGGCCAAUGGUAGCCAUGUAUCAAAGUGAGAUAAGCGAUAACAAAAUCGGCAUAAAGCUGUGUAUAAAGAAAGCAUCUGAUGCGAUAGUACAACAACCAAAGAAAGCGACCCGCAAACGAUCGCGCAAACCCAAAAGCCUUACAGAGGACAGUGAUGAAGAGACGGGCGGUACUGCAGCCUCACCGGAAAAACGUACGCGGAAACCGCGAGAAUCGGCCGGCCGUAGGACCAACAACAAUACGGAAAAGGCCGCCCAGGAGGAACACAAACCACCGGAGGAUCAGAGCGCAUGGGCUGACCAGCUGCCGGAGCAUGUCCUUUGCAUGAUAUUUCAAAACGCCAUCCAAGAUGAGGGCUGCAUUCCAUCAUUGAUUCGAUUUGGCAAGGUGUGCUCCGCCUGGCAUAGAGCUUCCCUGGUGUCUUCACUCUGGAGAACGGUAGAUUUCGGUAACUGGACGAAAGAGCGUUUCAAGACCGAGAUCAAACUGAAGUGGCUUAUCGAUAAUCGUCUUCGCAAUAGUACCGAUGUUAGUUUUGGAAACUGGAAGGUUACCAAUGUGCAGUGUGUACUGGAUAGACUGCUGGCAGUCGCUCCCAACCUUGUUGGAAUCACACUUAACGGUUGGAAACAACUUACCUCCGAACAUCUGAUGUUUCUAGUUCAGGAAUUCAAGAGUCUACGGCGAAUCGAUUUGAGUUCCAUCAACGCCGAAGUUAACGCUAACAAAACAGCAGUAGGGCAGGUUUCGCUGUGUAAUUCCAUCUCGGAGAUGGGUGAACGGUUAACUCAUCUCUACCUGGCCCACAACCGUCUCAGUGGCAUUCCACAGAUCGUUAAGACUCUUUCGACCCAGUGUCCAAAUCUGCUUUUACUAGAUCUGUCCAACGUAAGCACAAUAGCCGUUUCACACGGUAUACUCAACAUCGAGCAACUUCAGGAAGGCUGCCAAAAACUUAAAGUGCUACGGAUAACCAACUCGCAUAUAAAUUUGAGUGCUGCAACUCUUCAGGAACAGAUGGAAUCGCCCGGCUUCCCAGAACUGGAGGAACUUUCCGUAGCUUCUUUGGCUGAUGAAUCUCGUCUCUUCAAUGAUGAAUUCCUGCAGCGGAUUCUUAAAACAAGCACCCAGCUCAAGUUACUAGACGUUCGAGGUUGCUCCCGAUUGACCCACGAUAGUCUAAUCCGAUUGCCUACCUGGGACCUGAAGCAUCUGUUUCUCUCCGGUUGCUCAAUUACCAGGGAUGUAGGCUCGGGUCUGGAGUUGAUAGCUUCCAAAUGGGCACAUAGUCUGAUAGAGUUCGACCUGGCUUGGGCUAAUGCCACUAAACCUCUGGACGAUGCCCUUAAAGCGUUGGCUGAUAAAGGCUCCGAGUCACCGUUGAAUCACCUCAACCUAUGCGGAUCAUCAGUCUCACUGGAAGCGGUGAAGGAAGUACUGACCAACUGUCCCCACAUCAACUCGAUAAAUCUCUCCUCCUGUCGGGGUCUUCCCCGUGGUGUCAAGCGGUUGCUUCAAGGCCCAACGGAAAUCGCCGAACUGCGCGAGAAUCUAGGCGUAACGUUGAAGGUACCUAAGCCAACGGAGGCUUAAAAUUAGUCCACGGUACUUUGGCGACAGUUUUCCUGUGAACCUGUGCAGUGGUGAGCAUCAAACGUAAAAGUUGUGUGCGAUCGUGUGUGGUGAGCAUGUAGCACAAAACGCUGAAGUGAUCGGAUGGCAUAUUUUUGUGUAUUGCAAAAAGACUAUUUUGUGAUAUUUUUACUUUGCGGAAGCAAUUCUAGCUGGACGCACUGCUGGCAACGCAACGAUGUGUCAGAUUGCUCAUGCAAGAAGGUUAGUUCUAAAGGUUCUGCAACCUUGAUGUUCGAUAAGUGUGUACAUCCACAGCAAUUGUAGUAUUGCGUCGCCGGUUGAACAGUCUAGAGUUAAAUAAUCAUAUAUUUAUUUACUGUAA